GAGCGUAUGAUUCAAAAGCAAAACCCUUUUAUUAAAGAAUCCAUAGACUGUCUUUGGUCUUUUUUUCUUUUCUUUUUUUUUCUUCUGUCUUGAGAAUCUUUGUUGGUUUGUUGGCUCUCUCAUUUUCCUUCUGUUGUUCUUAGUCUUGAAUUAUGGGCCAAGCCAUGGACAAACCACGCCCCACAGCAGAGUUGCUCUAUGAACUGGCCAGCACUGGAAACAUCGUAGCCGUUAAAGCUCUUCGCGAACAAGGUGUUAGCCUUGAGUGGGCUGAUAGAGAAGGAAAGACCCCCCUCAUUGUGGCGUGCAUGAAUCACGAAUUGUUUGAUGUUGCCAAAACUCUGAUUGAAUUGGGUGCCAAUAUCAAUGCUUACAGUCCUGGGCGUCAUGCAGGUACUCCUUUACAUCAUGCAGCAAAAAGAGGCUUGGCACAGUCUGUUAAGUUACUUCUUUCCCAUGGAGCAAAAGCUCUGGUGAGGGAUGAUGAUUCUCAAACUCCACUUGAUGUUGCUAGAAUAAACGGGCAUACCAGUAUUGUUCGUGAGAUUGAGAAAAGCAUUUGCUAUUUCUCUGGCUGGCUGCGGGAAUUUUAUGGUCCAGGCUUUCUUGAAGCAUUAAUGCCUCUACUGUUAUCAAGAGAAAUUUGGGUUGUUGUUAUACCUUGGGGUUCCAGUAAUUCUACAAUGCCUCGCAAAAUGGAGCUCUUCAUUUAUCCUGAUUUGCAGACAGCACAGCCUUGUACAGUUAUUGCUCUUUGGAAGGCCAAAAUUGAGGAACCCAAGUUUCAGCAAAAGGAUCCGGAACUCAUUAUAUUUGACCAGCCUACUAGAACUCGGAAUACACUUACAUCUCCCUUUGAGGGUGAUAAACAGCAACUUCAACAACUUUAUAAUGCAUGCAUAGGAAUUCCUCAGACCCAUUGCCGAUUUGCACGAGCCCAGCCGCCACAGACUCAUCGCCGCCGAGCUAACCCAUUUCAGCCUCUCUUCUCUAUUUUCGUUGAUUUGGCUCGUGUUUCGGCUUUGUGUUUCGGGCUAUACUUGUGUUUCGGGCCUUUCAGCUUUGUGUUUCGGGCUUUUUUCGGCUUUGUGUUUCGGGCUGUGCUUGGGUUGUGCUGGGUUUUUGUUUUGGGCAUGGGUUUCGGUUUCGGUGUGCUGAUUUUUUGGAUUUUUCUUUUUGCUCUUCUUCACUAGUUUUGAUG